GGGUCUCCGAGUCUCCGAUUCCAAUCGCGUGUGAGAAUUUAUACGUGCAUACUUUUGUUGUGGGUGGUCGACCGGGGGUGACCUUGACUACAGGGGAUGAGAACUGGCCUCCGAAGAGGAUUUGAUCGCUGCAACUGGAUUCCAGUCUUGUUCGGACUCGGACUCCCAUGAGUGACGUCAGUUGGGCUAUCAGUCUGAUAAGGCCACCGAUAAGACUGCGCCAAAUGACGUCAGAGCGAAGACAGAACAAGAAAGAGCUUUGAUUAAAAGCUACCAAAAGACAGAUAGAUAGAUAACCACAGCUGUGUACGAGUAGAUAGCCUGCGAGCCAAUAAGUAGCCCUGAGCCUCCGUGGCGCGCCAGUUGGCUGGCGACAUGUCCGUCGUGUGGAUGGGCGUCUUCAAGGUGGCCAUGAUAGUGGGCGUCACCAGUUUGGUGGUCAGCCGGAACGCUUACAGUCGAAGAGGUGUACAAAGACCGCGACCAGUUCGCGGCCUUGGUGCGCGAGGUGGCCGCACCUGACGUGGGUCGCAUGGGCAUCGAGAUACUGUCCUUCACCAUCAAGGAUGUCUACGACGAUGUGCAGUACCUGGCCUCCCUGGGCAAGGCGCAGACCGCUGUGGUGAAGCGCGACGCCGAUGCCGGAGUGGCGGAGGCCAAUCGAGACGCCGGCAUCCGGGAGGCCGAGUGCGAGAAGAGCGCCAUGGAUGUGAAGUACUCGACGGACACCAAGAUCGAGGACAACACGCGCAUGUACAAGCUGCAGAAGGCCAACUUCGAUCAGGAGAUCAACACGGCCAAGGCCGAGUCGCAGCUGGCGUACGAGUUGCAGGCGGCCAAGAUCCGCCAGCGGAUCCGUAACGAGGAGAUCCAGAUCGAGGUUGUCGAGCGCCGCAAGCAGAUCGAGAUCGAGUCGCAGGAGGUCCAGCGCAAGGACAAAGAGCUCACCGGCACCGUCAAGCUGCCAGCCGAGGCGGAGGCCUUCCGACUACAAACCCUGGCCCAGGCCAAACAAUGCCAGACCAUUGAGGGCGCCCGUGCCGAGGCGGAGCGCAUCAGGAAGAUCGGUGCGGCCGAGGCCCAUGCCAUCGAGCUGGUCGGCAAGGCCGAGGCGGAGCGGAUGCGGAUGAAGGCUCAUGUCUACAAGCAGUACGGCGAUGCUGCCAUCAUGAACAUUGUCCUCGAAUCGCUGCCGAAGAUUGCUGCCGAGGUGGCUGCUCCCUUGGCCAAGACGGAGGAGAUUGUCCUGAUCGGAGGUAACGACAAUGUGACAAACGAUGUGACCCGCCUGGUGGCCCAGCUGCCCCCCUCGAUCAAUGCCCUCACCGGAGUGGAUCUGUCCAAGGUGCUGGCCAAGAUACCCGGGGCCAAGGCGUGAGACCUAAUGGAAUGGGACAUCCAGCACAUGGCAAUGACAACGUAACGCACCGCAAAGGAAUUGUAACUGACAAGGAACGGAGAAAGAUGGAGAAAGAUGGAGCUAAACAAAGAGAGAGAGAGGGAGAGAGAUACGGAGGGGGAGCUGGCAUUUGUUAGAGCGAGAUGCAGUGCGGAAGCAGCAUCAGGAAAACGAGAGGCGAUGCCGAUCGCAGCAAUCGAUCGAUAAACGCAAUCGAACAUAGCAAAAUGUACUCCGAUAUUAUAUAUAUUUACAGAUAUGUGUAUGUCAUAUACUGUGUGCAUGUGCGCGAGUGUGUGUGUGUGUGUGUGUGUGUGCCUGAUCGAUGUAGUAGUAUAUCCGUGUAACAAUCAAAAAGGACGAACGUUAAUCUCAGCUAAAGUUAUGCAUUUCGUACGCAGCAUUUUGUGGCCUUUUCUCCAUAUAACAGAAUCAAAUACAAAUAAAUAGAAGUAUGAGAUUUGUAUAACUUUAACCAGCAACAAAACAACCAAAAAAACAUACAUUAAGAGAAUUGUGCAGAAUCUUAGCUACUUUAUAUAUACAUAUAUAUAUACACGCAUCUACUAUAUAUACUUAUACAUUAUACUUAUACUUAAACUAUGAAAUUGUGCUUCGAACCGAACCCACUGGGGUUUCCACUACAAACAGUGUUGUGUAGGGCCCUCCUUUCGAUCCGCUUACUGGCUACACUGCACAACACAAGCAGCAACUUUUGCAUUUCCAAACUGUUCAAACUACUGAAACUGCCUUCGAAUGUGACGGUGAGAAUUUAUCCAACGGAGAGCCACAGACAGUCAGAGAGUUUCUGAUCCUUGUCGCUUCACAACACGGUUUAUUCUUCGGGACCGCCAUAGCUUGAGCUCUUCCAACACUCACACACACGCACACACACAAACACACUCACAAGCACACACCCAUGACCGAAUCAUAUUUGUAUUGAGUUUUUGUGCACAAAAAGAGAACCGAUUGUACCAUUUUAUGUCUCAUCCUAUCCAUAAUAUGUAUCGAAUCUUUUUGUUAUAACCCAGUGAGGUCCGAUUCAAGAUAUUCGUCUCGAUAUACGUAUUUUUUU